AUGCUGCUCACCUUGAAACCUCCUACUCCGGCUCGUAUGGCGCAGAAUGGGAUCAAAGGCCCCUCCCAUGAAUACUCCGUUAUCCGCCAAUCCAUCCCCUCGUUUCGCGACUCGUCCGUCCCGUUUCGUCAGCCCUCAGUGCCUCCUUCCCCGAAUACACAUACAAACACAACUACGAACACGACCCCUUCCUCCGCAAACAUGGACCCCUCCUCGCGCAGAAGCCUACCACCACCGCCCUCUAGAACCUUACCACCCCCGCAGCUGACAGCUGCACAUACGCCGCCACAACUCCCUCCUCCCCCGCCGUCGUCGCAAUGGCACUGCGGGGACAAAGACCCAUCGAUGCAUUUAUGGCUUCAGGCAAGAGCAGAGGAAGAUCGGAGGAAACAGGAGGAGGAAAAGGCGCGACAGGAGACGCUGAGGUUGGAACAGCGCGUGGUUGAGCAUAGUAUGCUGCGUGAUGCUUUGCAGGCUGGAGUGCCGCCGCAUAUGAUUCCUCUGAUUUUUGCUGGGAUUAGUGGUGGUGGGCUUCCGCAGGCUGCAAUUGAUUUGGCACAGCAGUAUGUGUCACAUUCGGUGGCACAGGCACAGUGCCAGGGGCCGGGGCCUGCAGUGGCUUCGAUGCCUCCUCCACCGGCUCCUCCUGCACCACCGCCUCCGCAGCAUCACCCGCAUCACCAUUACCACCAAUCGUCAGGAUCGGAUAUGCCAUCAUCUACGUUUCCGCGUCCACCUGCGCCGUUUACGCACCGACAUUCGCAUUCAGGGUCCAUAGACUUGCGUCAUUCUCAUCCCGUUCCGCCAAACGCACUAUACAAUCCACAACCGUCAGUUCCGACUCCUGGGGAGAUUUUGCCAUCACAACCACCUAACAUAUCCCGGGGUUCUUCGCCUGUUAGACAAUCACUCGGGCAAUCUCCGUUCCCUCCUAGUGGUCCCCCUUCGUCUUCAUCGUUGCCUCAGCCUUCGAUCCCUCCCAGCAAUAGUACACAACAAUACACACAAACAUCAUCCGCCUCUACACCUCAAUCCGCUGCGAACAACGAAUAUCAGUACCGACCACGUCAAUCGACCUCUAUAUAUUUCCAUCAUUGGGUCCCGCCAGGGCAACAGCCACCGUCUGGAAAGUCGCAAGAGUCCACGCCAGGUGGAAAAGCAAGCCAGGAGCCUUCUGCAGGGAAACCGUCAGAAAGAGAAAAGGAGCCUACGCCGGCAUCAUCAGGCGCCCACUCACGGAGUGUUUCAGAGGACCACAGCUCUCCCAGUCGGAAACGAAAGGCCCGAGGCACGCAUCAGCCGGCACCGGUACCGUCGUCUCGCUCGAGGCAGAGUUCGAUUGCACGUGAUAGCGUGCAAUGA